UUUUUCACCAAUAAUUUUUGACUGUGUACUUAUAAACUGUUUUUUUUAAUAACAAUUAAAAUUAUCUCGCAUGUUAUAAUUUUAUUUUCAAAUUUUUUAUGACUUUACAAUUGAUUUUUGAAAGUGAAAAUUGAGUAUUAUAAAGAAGGAAGCGGCAACUCUAAUAUAAAACUGAUAAAUGACAAUUAUAUUUACAAAAAGCAAUUAAAAGAAAAAUUCUAAAAAGUUCAAAAGUCUAAAAAAAAGAACAUUGAAAACAACAAAAAUUCAUUUAUAUUAAAUUAUUUGAAACACGUAAUGUUUUCAGAAAAAAAUAGUGAAAAAUUAUUAAAUAAAUCAACAUUUUAUAUUGAAAAAUAUUGUAAUAAAUUCUUUCGAAAUUUACCACCUAAAAAAUACUAUAAAAGUGAAAUAAAUUCUACAAUUGAAAUAAAACAAAAUAUACAAAAUUUAUAUAAAGAACAAAAUAAUAUUAGAAAUAUAAAAAAUUCAAAAAAAAAUAAAAAUAAUAAUUCAAUUAAAAAAUUUCUAAAAAAUCUAUUUAAAUCAGCAAAUAAUUUAAAUUUAAAAGACAAAAUAAAAAAAUUAAUUGAUAAAACGAAAUUUAAUAAAAAAAAUGAUGUUAAAAAUCGGCGCUGUUAUAUUGCUUCGGCGGUAGCAGCAGCCGUAUUUUUUUAUACAGCUAUAAUAUUUUUAUUACAAAUAAUUAUUAAUAAAUUUUUAAUAAAAUCUAUUAUAAUUAAUUCAACAACAACAACAACAGCACAAACAGUAAUACCAACAGCAACAGCAUCAUUAAUAUCAACAACAAAAAUUUCAACAAUUAUUUCAACAAUAUUAUUAUUUAUUAUUGAAUUAUUUACAAUUAUUUUAAUUAUAAUAUUUAUAAUAAUUGGUAAAUUAUUACUUGAUAAUUAUAUAAAACGUAUACAAAAACGUAAAGAAAUUUUUAAUACAUUAUCAACAAUAGAUUUUUUAAUUAAAUUAAAUUUUCAUAAAAUUUCAUAUCAAAUUUAUAACGCAAUUAUUAUGAAAGUUAAUAAAUUAAAAAUAUUACCAACUGUUAUUGGAUGGCGUGUUGGUAUAUCAAUGGUUAAACCAGAUCCAGGAGACUGACAUAAAUUCAAUAAAAAUAUAAUAUUAUUUUAUGAAAAAAUAAUAUUAAAAAUAAAUGAUCAAUUAAAAUUAUUUGAAAAUAAUAUUCAAUUUUUUGAAAAAGAAAUUCAUAUAAAUGAAGAUAGAAAAACAACUGAAAUAACAACUGAAAUAAAACAAAUACAAGGCGAAAUAAUAAAGGAACAAUCAAAACAAAAGAAAUUAAUAAAAACAACAGAUACAACAACAAUAAAUACAAUAAUACUAAAUUACGACAAAUUGUAUUAUCAUUAUUAUUAUAAAAUAUUGAAAGCUGCAAAUAUUAAAGAAAUUAUAAUGCAAAUAUCAUAUAAUUGUAUAAUAAUAUUGAAGAAGAAUUUAAAUCAUUAUAAAUACAAUAUUAGAAAUAUUAUAAUGUGGUGGUAUACAGAUUGACUACUAAGCAUUAAAAUUAAAAGAAAAUUUAAGAAAAUUUUAUACAGAUAGCAAUUUAUCACAUAAAAGAAAAUAUAUACAAUUAUAUUUAAAAUAAGGAAGAUUAAAAGGAAUAAUAAAUUAAUAUUAAAAAUAAUUUGAUAUAAAUUUUUUCAUUUCUUAUAUAUAUGUAUAUAUAUAUAUACUUGAUUUUUUUGGACAUCUUUUGAGAUGAGAAUUUAAUUGUAAUCGAAGGAGAUUACAAUUGAGAUUGAAUUCAAGCAUUGAAUUUGAAGAAUCAUUCAACAAGUAUUAUUUGAGCGACAAAGUAAUUAUUACUGUCGAAUUGCAACAAAUUAAAAGGUGCAUAAAAGGAGAAUAAAAGCUAAAAAUAAUUUAGAAUUUGAAUUCAAAGCAAAAAACUGAAAGAAAUUUUGCAAAGCACUGAAAUAUCCGAAUAUCGGAAUAUUGGUCGAAAAAAAACAGAAAUAGAAGUAAUUUCAAAUUAAAGAUAAAUAUUAAAUUAAAAUUAAUGAAAAUUUGAAUAAUUUUCUUAAAAAAAUUUUGUAAAUCACUUGAAAACAUAUUUGAAAAUAAAUUAUUAAUAAUAUUAAAACAAAAAAUUUUAAGAGUUUUAAUAAACAACUAAAAUUAUUUUCUAAAUCAUUAUUACUUAAUAACAAAAAUUUUUUAAUUUUAUAAUAAAUUGGAAUUUUAAAAAUUAAUAAUCAUAAUUAUUUUUUUUUGCUAUAAUCAUAAUUUUUUUUCAAACAAGUGCAUAUAAUUUACAAGAAUUGAAUUGUUUAUGAAGAAAUAUUAAA